UUGUAAACACCGUUAGAGGGCGAUACCGUACUACCGGCGUGCAUUGAAAUCAAAUCUGAAUUAAAUUUGUUCAAAAUAACAGGUAAAAAUGGCUGACAGUGAUGAUGAAUAUGAGAGAAGGAAAGCCAGAGACAAAUUUAGAAGAGAGAGAAAUGAUUAUGAUCAUAGACGUGAUGAAAGACGUAGAGACUGGGAUCAUGAUAGGGGAUCUGAGCGCUAUGAUUCUCGCAGUAGUUGGAGAGGUAGAGAAAACAGUGCAGGGAGACGUGACAUGUAUGGUAGAGAAUAUGAUCGUGGUCGCAGGGAGAGAUAUAGCAGUCCACCUCGCAGAGAGUUCAGUCCACCACAUAAACGCAUGAGGAGAGAUUGGGAUGAGAUGCCGCACUAUGAUAUGCCACACUAUGGAGGUGGUAUGAUGCAUGGUAGAGGUCCACCACCAAACUGGGGCCCAGGCCCUAACAUGGGACCCCCUCAAGAUGGAGGAUUUGGCGGCCCAGGACAGACUAUGCCUGAUCCAGAUUAUCCUACCCAGCCACCAAUGAUGUCAUUUAAAAUGUUUCUGGGCCAGCAAGAUGACACAAUUAGUGAUCAAGAUGCUGUAAAGAAGUACAAUGAAUAUAAGGAAGAGUUUAGACUUAAACAAAUUAAUGAGUUCUUCCUUCAACACAAAGAUGAAGAAUGGUUCAAGUCGAAAUAUCAUCCUGAAGAGUUUGAGAGACGACAAGAUGAGGUACGUCAUGCAUUGAAACGUCGCUGCGACGUAUUUUUUGAAUUGAUGAAAAAGGGCUACAUGGAUGCUGUUACAUGCGAUACAGAGUACCAUGAUGUCAUUGUGAAACUUCUAGAUGCAGCUGUCAUACUGAUGGAAGGUGGUAAUGAAGAAGAUAUGAAAGUUCUUGAAGAGUCAGAUGAAGAAAUGGAUGCAAGCAGGAGUCGCAAUAAUUCAGAAAGUGUUGACAAAAUGUCAUCCCCUGAGAAGAAAAAGACUGAAUCAUCAAAAGAUGACAAAGAUGCUGCACCAGAUAAACCAUUAGAAAUUACAAUCAGUGCUGAACAAAAGGAGCUGGCAAAGAAAGCACAGGAAUUUUCGAAGAAACAACAAGAGGCUCAAAAUGGAGAUGAAGAGGAGCCUAAAGAAGAACAAAAACCAAAGAAGAAGAAACGUCAUAGAGACAAACAGGAGUAUAGUUACGAGAGUGGUUCAGAGUCAGAAAGUAGUUCUGGAAGUAGUUCCGACAGUGAACCAGAGCCUGCACCUCCAGGUAUGGAGGAUGAGCCACCACCUCCAGGCAUUGAUGAGGAGAAAUCUGCCAAAAAAGAGGAAGCUAAAAAGAAAGACGAUGAAGAGAAGGAUGAAGAUACUAAGGAGAGAAAGAAGGAUGAAGAUAGAGAACAUGAAUCACCACCUAGAGAACAUAGGAGGAGAAUGUUACAUAAAACUUGCUCAAUAUUUCUUAGAAAUCUUGCACCAUCUAUAACUAAACAAGAGGUGGAAGCUGUAUGUAAAAGAUAUCCAGGUUUUAUCCGAGUUGCUUUACAAGAUCCUCAACCAGAAAGAAGAUUUCUGAGACGAGGCUGGGUCACAUUUGAUAAAAAUGUUAACAUUAAAGAAAUAUGCUGGAACUUAAAUAACAUCCGGUUAAGAGACUGUGAUUUAGGUGCAACUUUGAAUCGAGAGUUGAAGCAGAGAGUGCGGCCAGUGAGUGGGAUCACAGCUCAUAAAAAUGUUGUCAAGCAAGAUAUUAAACUAGCUGCUAAAAUAAUCCAGAACUUUGAUGACAAAUGGAGAAUCUGGGAUGAUCCCGAGUCGGAGAAGAAAGACUGCGAGAAAGAGUUUUCCCUGACAGUGAAGAACCCUGUUCUGAAAAACAUCACAGAUUACCUAGUGGAUGAAGGUAGCUUUGAAGAAGAGGAAUUAUUAGGUAUGUCUGCUGAAGAAGGUGAGGCAGAAACAGAACCAGAAAUUCAGAUAGAUCGAGAUGAAACACUCCUUAAGGUAUUGGAUACAAUGAUCUUGUAUUUGAGGAUCGUACAUUCCAUUGACUACUACAGUGCUAAUGAGUACCCUAAUGAGGAUGAGAUGCCACACAGGUGUGGUAUCAUGCAUGCUAGAGGUGCUCCACCCAGCACCAAAACUACAAAGAAAGAUCUGGAUGACUGGAUAAAGAACUAUGAGACCAAGGUGAAACCGUUUGUUGAAUUACAAGACAAGUUAGAUGAGGAACAAGCAAAGAAAAUGGGCAAAAAAGAUCCAGAGGCUGAAGUGGAGAAAUUUGUGACGGCUAAUACACAGGAGUUAGCGAAGGACAAAUGGUUAUGUCCAUUGUCUGGGAAGAAGUUCAAGGGCCCAGAGUUUGUCAGAAAACAUAUCUUCAAUAAACAUGGGGAGAAAGUGGAGGAAGUAAAACAAGAGGUUUCCUUCUUUAACAACUAUCUCAUGGAUCCCAAACGGCCUUCACUACCUGAACACCCUGGUAACAAGACAGCUGGGGGUCCUCCACCAGGACCUCAGGGUCAGCAGUAUCCAAACCCUGGAGGAUAUGGUCCCCCUCACAUGGGAUAUAACUCACAUAGAGGUGGUGGUGGACCACACAUGAUGAGAGGAGGGUAUGGUGGAAAUCCGUAUCACCAGCAACAGCAGCCAUAUUCACGCCGGGAACCAAGAGAACAACAUAACAAUAACAGAGAGAGGGAAGAGCCAAGAAGACAAAAUUCAUAUUCCCGACCAUUCAGUCGAGGUUCUGACCCGAGGAGGAUUAUAGAAUAUAGAGAUCUAGAUGCUCCAGAAGAUGUUGACUUCUUAUAAACUUACAGAAAUCAUAUACAUUCUUUACAGUCAUAACAAUAUUUUCAUAUUUAUAAAAAAACAUUUGAGCUGGCAUCUUCAUGCUAUCAUGUCACAUGAACAGUUCUGUACAUAAUUUUAUAAACCAUUUCAUAUUGUUGCUGUGUAUGGCAUCACAAAGAUGAUUUUGAAAAAUAAUAAUAUCUCAGAUACGUGAAUUCUUAUUUUCUCGGGACAUUGCAGUUGGUAUAUUUUGCCUGCCUUUGAUUUAUUGUACAUACUUUUAUUUUGGAAAUUUUUAGCUUUCUGUGACCAUUUAAAGUAACUGUGUUCAAGUGAAUUAUAUGUAAAUAUAAGUGCAGGGAUUAUGCUUCUUGUCUCUGAACAUUUAUACUUUCUACUUUUUUCCUGUCUGUCUAAAUUGAGAGAAAAAUACAAUUUCUUGGCAA